AUGCGUCUUCUCACAUACGACGAAGCUGAUAACUUCGUCAUCAAGAGCUUUCACGAUGAGCCGAUGCCUCCUUAUGCGAUACUUUCUCACACUUGGGGGGCAGAAAAUGAAGAGGUGACAUAUGCAGACAUCAACGAUGGAGCCGGUCAGGACAAGGCUGGCUACGAAAAGAUCCGGUUUUGCGGCGCACAAGCACGGCAUGAUGGCCUACAGUACUUCUGGAUCGAUACGUGCUGUAUAGACAAAAACAACAGGGCUGAGCUUGUUUUCAGCAUCCGGUCGAUGUUUACGUGGUAUCGGAAUGCAGCACGAUGUUACGUAUACUUGUCAGAUGUCACGAGCCCCACUUCGGCUGUUAACAGCGAUCUCCCUAAUCAUCACGACAAACCACCUGAUCGUCAAGCCCAUCAAUUUGAAUUUUCGAAAAGCAGAUGGUUCACGCGAUGCUGGACAUUGCAGGAACUUCUGGCCCCGUCCGAGGUGUACUUUUUCAACAAAAAGGGAAAUGAACUUGGUGAUAAGCUGUCGCUGAUAUCAGACUUAUCCCGGAUCACAGACAUUCCUAAACCCGCAUUACAAGGUGCGCCAUUGUCUCAUUUCAGUACCCAGCAGCGCAUAUCAUGGGGAGAACAUCGAAAAGCGACCAAACCGGUAGACAGUGUGUACGCUCUCAUGGGCAUCCUUGGUGUUAGCGUGUCUCCAAUUGAUGGGGAGAGCCCAACAGAAGCGAUGAGACGAGUCGAGCAUGAAGUCGACAGGCACAACAACUGUGUUCAAGACCUUCAAUCUACCAAUCCUCACGAUGAUAAGACACGCAUUGAAGCAACAAAGGGCGGUCUGUUGGUCAACUCAUACCGCUGGAUUAUCAAUAAUAGCACCUUCCAAAAGUGGCAGCAAAACCUUAGCACUCGACUACUCUGGAUUAAGGGUGAUCCCGGUAAAGGCAAGACGAUGCUGAUGUGCGGCAUUAUCGACGAGGUGCAGAAGACUACAAGACACAACAACACAGUUGCGUACUUCUUCUGCCAAGCUACCGACAUGCGUAUCAAUAAUGCUGUAGCGGUAUUGCGGGGCUUGUUGUAUAUGCUUGUGAUUCAGAAUCCGUCACUUAGUUCGCAUAUUCGAAAACGUUACGACCAAGUUGGCAAGAAGCUAUUCGAGGACGCGAAUGCCUGGGUAGCCUUGUCACAGAUUUUUGUGGACAUAGUGUGCGACAAAGACUUGAACACGGUUUACUUAUUUGUUGAUGCUCUUGAUGAGUGCGUCACAGAUUUACACAAGCUUCUGGAUCUAAUAACUCUUACUAACGCCAAAUCGCCUCGUGUAAUGUGGCUGGUGACUAGCCGAAACGAGAGCCAUAUCGAGCAGAGAUUGAAGUCAGUCAGUAACGAGGCUAGGUUAAGCCUAGAACUGAAGCAAAACGCAAGUCAAAUCACGCAAGCGGUAGAAGACUAUAUUGACCAUAAGUUAUCUUCACUCGAUGUUCUUGAAGGAGACAGCGUGCGCGAUGAGAUUCGAGAUGAGAUGCGGAAGAAGGCCAACGGCACUUUUCUUUGGGUCGCCUUGAUGAUACAAGAGCUCGAGAAGUACGACUGCUUCGAUCCUUUAGCGGUAGUGAAAACAACUCCAGCAGGUUUAGACCAGUUCUACGAUCGAAUGUUGGCCCAGAUCGAGCAGAAACCAAGGUCUGCAGAUAUUCUCCGGAUUCUACUUUGCACGAUAACAGUUGCGUUCCGUCCACUCUACCUCACUGAGGCAGGAAGUUUAUGUGCACUACCAGGACCGACAGAGAUGCACCGAAAAAUUGUAGCCUCAUGCGGCUCAUUCCUCACCAUUCGCAGCGAACAAAUCUAUCUUGUCCAUCAGUCAGCAAAAGACUAUCUUAGCCAGAAGAUGCAGAACAAUCUUCUUCCUUCUCCAACUAUUAUUCACUACCAGAUAUUCACUCAAUCCAUCAAGGUAUUAUCAAGCACGCUGGAACGUGAUAUAUAUGCUCUAGAGCAGCCAGGUAUCUCAAUCGACGUAGUGAAAACACCUAGCCCCGAUCCGCUCACGAAUGUACGUUACUCAUGUGUCUACUGGUUUCACCAUUUGGACUUGUCGGGACGCAUUUCCUCCGAGAAAUUCGACUAUGAAACUGCAACAGCCAUCGAGGGAUUUAUAAAAGAAAAGUUCCUGUAUUGGGUCGAAGCUUUGAGUCUUUGUAGAAAUAUGUACGCAUUCAGACUAGCAAUGCUUAGGCUACGGAUAACAUCAUGGAAACUUUUCAAGGGGAACAGCCUUUAUCAUCUUAUUUACGACGCAUGUCAAUUUGAAAGACGUUUUGGAGAUAUCAUAGAAAGAUAUCCUCUUCAAACAUACGUAUCUUCUCUACUAUUCAGUCCAACAAGUAGUCUGAUAAGACAGCUAUUUCAGCACGAGAAGCCAAGACACAUUGUUAUCCAGCCAGGAGGGAGCGAAGGCUGGGGUAAGUUCCCAGGUACAGCUCCGAAGCCAAAAAGGACUGUUAAUCCAGUCGUGUUCUCGCCUGACUCGACAAAGCUAGUGUCAAUGUCAGAAGACAAGACAGUCACAAUCUGGGACGCACAAAAUGGGUUGUGCCUCCACACGCUUAGAGAGCAUAACAACACUAUUCAUGCUGUAGCUUUCUCACCGGAUAUGAAAAGGCUAGUGUCAAUGUCAGAAGACAAGACGGUCAAGAUCUGGGACAUACACAGUGGAUUCUGUCUGAAGACGCUUACGGGACAUACCCGCCCUGUGAACUCAGUAGCCUUCUCGUCUUUGGCAAGGUUAGCUUCAGGGUCACGGGACAAAACAAUCAAGAUAUGGGAUACACGUACAGGAGCAUGCGUACGGACGCUGAUAGGUCAUACCUGCAUCGUCAGCUCAGUGGUCUUCUCACCUGAAUCGACAAAGAUAGCGUCAGCCUCAUGGGAUAAGACAGUUAAGGUCUGGGACGCACAUACUGGGGCAUGCCUACAGACGCUUAUAGGGCACAAACAUGUUGUUAGCUUGGUAGCCUUCUCGCCCAGUUCAAAGAGACUAGCUUCAGCAUCCUGGGAUAAGACUGUUAAGAUAUGGGAUCCACAUAGUGGGGCGUGCCUGACGACUCUUGAGGGCAAUGGUCGCAUCAAAUCACUAGCGUUCUCGCCCGAUGAGCUCUCUAUCCGGAUCAGUGGGAGCAAUCUCUGUCUCAGUAACUCCGUUGAUCUCACCACUAGUAACGCCAAUCCUGAACACGCCCACGAUACUAGAGGAUGCGUUGGUCUGAACAAGGACUGGAUCACACAUAACGGAGAGAAUAUUUUGUUGAUUCCUCCAGAGUACCACUCUAGAUAUUCAGCUGUAAGAAACAACAUGGUAGGAUUUGGUAUAACGUCUGAUAUAGUGUGGAUAUGCACCGUUGGGCAACCAUAG